AGUAGCUUGUCUUAGGAAACAUCAGUCAACAUGUUGAAGAUCGUCGCAUUAGUAGCCUGUCUGGCCGUUGUCGUUUCGGCCGAAUACUAUUUGGCAGAACAUGCUGAACACAAGGAAUAUUACGCCCAUCCCAAGUACAAGUACCAAUAUGGUGUGCACGAUCCUCACACUGGGGACCACAAGAGUCAGUGGGAACAGCGCGACGGAGAUAUAGUCGUCGGAUCGUACACCGUAGAUGAAGCCGAUGGAACGCACCGUGUUGUGACAUACAAUUCGGACGAUCACAACGGAUUCCAGGCUCACGUUCAGCGAGUAGGACAUGCCCAUCACCCGCACGGAGAAAGUUACGCCAACAUCGACCAGCAUCACUAGGAAAGAUUGAAACCGACGGUGUAGUGGUGUUUAGAUUCUUUUCACAAGUCAGUUGUUAUUUAGUUGUGUAAACUCCGAAUGCCAAAACAAUAAA